CAGGAACCCUCAGCACCCAGGCGCCAGCUCCUUACAACUUGGGAGGAUUUGUCCUUGCAAGACAAACGGGAGCAUCGUGGGGGAUGCGGGAGUAGUAGUAGUUGUGGUACUAGUGCUCGCAUGAAGUGGGCAGACCUGCCACAAGUAGUUCUACGUAUUCUAUUUGAGGACAUCGAGCUGGGUAGCAGAUGGUUGACGUAGCAGUUCCACGGCGAAGUCUUCUCUCGAUCGAGCUGCAGUACCCAACGCAAGAGUAUCUUCGUACUCGUGCUAAUUUUUGCAGUUUUUACUUGCAUACACAAAUCUAGUGGGCCACUACUCGUACUAAAAUUUUUUGCACCGAUGAGUAGUGGCUUGAGGUUUAGGUAAAUCCGGCGCACAAAUUCAAUUUGUAAUGCUCACCCAAUUUGUAUUGCAAAUUGUACUAGUGCGAUGCUCUUACUUUUGCAAUUCAUAGGCCGACGCGCCAAACUUCCGCUCAGGGACGAGGAGCACGGCAAGAAGAAGAAUGAUUCUAAGAAUCACGAUGGAGCAAGAGCUAUCCUGCGUAAAAUCGUCCGCAGCCCAGAGUCAGUUCUUCUCACGUAGAUUUGGAGUGACAGGAAAACUUAUGAUACUUAUGAUGCGCACCCUCCUCCAUGAGAGGCAUUUAUUUCCAGUCGUGUCUCGGCAUUUGUAAUGCUGUAAACAGGAUAUCAGAGUGAUGGGGAUGGCUUUGUGAUGCGGCUGCACUUGCUAACCUGCAUUGCAAUAUUUGUAUUACAGAGCGAAACUACUUACUUGUCAUAUGUGACUGCCAAAGCCAAAACUUGUGAAUUUGUGUGGCGAGAUCCCCAUCUUCCUUUCUUGACUCUGGGGCGGGGGCGUCGCUUUUACACGGGAUAUUCACUACAGGAACUGUUUUUAUCCACGGGAAGGAGUUGCUGAAAGUUGAACCAGAUCGCCACGACCACGACCUCCGACGGAGUUGUACAGCUCUGCGGUGUCUACACGACCCGCGGAGGGCGACCCAGUUCCUCUUCCUGGGGAUGAAAAAUAAUGUCAACUGUUUGGGUAGUAUCGACACGCUACUAAAUCCGACGAGAGUCGCAGGUUUGAUAAUAUACUUGCGAUCGAACAAAAAUUUGCACAAGGAGAAGCACGAUGAGCGAGCAGAGCCACCCCUUUUGUGGUAG